AUGAUUUUUGCGAUUCAACUACUAUCCCUAUUAGUGCUUAGUACAGCUGCUAAAAGCUUGAACAAAGAUGACAUUAUCGUAGAGCCUGUUGAUGCCAAAUCUCAGAUACUAGAAAAGCCGGUACUAUUAAAUACGAAUGACUUUGUUCUUCGUAAAGUGGCAGAAAAUACUCCAAUUGUUAUCAAGGAUACUGAUGAACCUGUUGAUGAUGGAAAGGAUUCUGAAGGAUAUUUAGAGAAGAAGGAUUCAGAAGCUUCUUUAAACGAUAAAACUGCUUCUGAAGCUCCAGCUGAUGACAAAAAGACCUCUGAUGUUCAAGUAGAUGCUGUGAAAACUGCUGUUGCUUCUGAAAGCGACUUGAAAGAUUCAGAAGGCUCACUAAAAACUGCUGAAGAUUCAGAAGGCUCCUUGAAGACCAUGGAAGCUCCAGAAGGCUCGUUGAAGACCAUGGAAGCUCCAGAAGACUUAAAGAAGGAUGCCUCUGACUCUGGUGAAUCUGAAGAACCAGUAAAGUCAGCAGAAGAAUCACCCGACAGCUUAACAGAUCCAGACGAGCCAUCCGAUUCCGAUGUAGACACAGCUUCACAAGCUACCUCAAACGUUGAAAAGCUUUCAGAAGCUACAACAAGCAUCGUCAGUACUCCAGAAUCUUCACCAGACUCCGUCAGUUCUCCAGAAGCCUCAUCAUGCAUCGUUAACCCCGCAGAACCAUCGUUCAACUCAGAAACCGCUUUACCAGCCCAAAAGUCAUUAGAAUUGGCUUCAAAUCCAGAAGAAUCUAAACUGAUCGAGCCAGUGAAACUCAUCGUUCCAAUCGACGUUGUUUUUCCUUAUUACAAAAUGAAAGCCGAGAUUGUGAGAGAAGUGAAACGCGACUUAAAAUCAGACUCAUUCAAGAGUGAAAAUGAAAUUGAAUCCGAAGAAGCUACAACUGAAGCUCCAUUGACGAAAAGCGAAGAAGUUGUCUAUAACACUGACUGGGAACACGAAAAGUUCUUCUGGUAUCCUAAGGCUGUCGGUAAGUAUAUUUUUACUUUGUGAAUUAGGGUAGUCGACUAGAGCUAAAGUUAAAGCUAAGACUAAAGCUAAGGCUAAAACUAAGGCUUCCGCUUAGGCUUAAGCUUAGGCUUACGGUUAGGCUUAGGAUUAAGAUUAGAAUUAGGUUUAGGCUUAGGCUUAGGUUUAGGCUUAGGCUUAGGCUUAGGCUUAGGCUUAGGCUCAGGCCUGUCUUAGGAUUAGGCUUAAAAUUAAGCUUAGGCUUACCUUACGCUCAGACCCUGGCUUAGGCACAUGUACAAGCUCAGCUUCUGUCUCUGGCUCAGGCGCAGGCUUAACCUCAGUCUUGGCUAGGCUAAGAUAACAUUAAGGGUAAAAAUAUGGAUAAAUAAAGGGUAAGGCUGUUUAAGGCUAAAGAUGAGGCGAAAACCGAAGUCAAGGUUAAAAAAAAACGUUUUUAAGGGGGUGAUAUGACAAAUGUUUAAAAAUCUUAAAGUUUUUUGUCUAUUUCUCCUAAAAAUCUAUUCUUUACAUUAACGAACCUUUUGCUUUUUCCCAGCGUUCCCAAUUGCUGUAAAAUCAUCAAUAAUAUUACACAAAAGGCUAUCCAUAAAAAACUCCAUAACAGUUUCUAUGGAGUAGUAACUUUACAAAAAAGCCCAACUUGGGUCAAUUACGAGAAACAAUAAUAGUUAGUGUAAUAUCAGUGUCUGAUGUGGACCAUGUGUAAUAGGUUGGGUAUUAGUGCAUAAACAACUAGUAAAGGCAGGGUAACGUGGCUAUAAUAGGCUCAGUAUUAUAAAAAGUAAUAUAGCUAUAAUAGGCUCUAUUAGAAGUUUAAAUUAAAUUAACCAACAAAAAAAAUUUAAAUUAAAAUUUUAAAAUCAAAAAAAAAUUUUUAGAAACGAUGGUAGACAGUAAGAAGACCUUGACGUAUGUUCCAAACCGAAUGCCAGUUGGUUUCUACGCUGAUAAGUACAGAAGAAGACACGAUUACCAAUAG